AUGGUUUCCUUCUGGCCCUUCAAGGGUCACGACGCUACUUCGGCAGCCUCAUUCGAGAAGUUGCUGUCUUCCCUCUCGACCAAGAUCAACAAAGAGAGUGCUCGCAACGACCGUCUACACCAACGACAACGCCGCUACAAAGUCCUAUGGACCCUCUACACCACCUUCGCCUACCUCCUCGCUGCCACCAUCCUCAUCCUGAUCACCGGCUUACCCAACUGCACUGCUGUUGAGUACACCGGUCUGGCCGCAUCACCUCUCCUCAUCUAUGCUGUAAGGACUGGCCUUGAUGCGUACUUCAACUACCGCCUCGCCUCGUCGCAAUCAUACCUGAACCACUUGAACAAGCAACGCGACGAUGCUAUUUCCAAGCUCAAGGAAGCCACAAAGUACAACACCACUCAGCAGUUACUCGACAAGUAUGGCGGCUCCACUCCCACAAAGUCACCCCAGCAGAAGCCGAGACAGGCACAAGACACUCCUACNCAAGAAGCAGCAAUCCGUUCCUGUCAAGCGAACAGGUCUACCCCUCCGCCCACCGCAAACAUCCCAGGUCGCCAACUACCUCCCUCUUUCCAACCCAUGACUCCUCCUCAGCAGCAACCCGCUCAAUUUCAACCCCUUCCUCCGCAACCUCAACAGCCACAGCGCGAACCACAAGCUGAAUUCGCUCCAAACGCUUUCACAGCACCCGCUCCGCGCGAUCAAAAUCCGUACGCUUCAUCCGGCUCGCGCUGGUACGACAGAAUCCUGGACGUUGUUCUUGGAGAUGAUGAGACCUUACCUAAAAACCGCAUUGUGCUAUUGUGUCGCAAGUGUCGCUUGGUGAAUGGUCAAGCUCCUCCCGGAACGCGAUCUCUAGAAGAUUUGGGCACAUGGAGAUGUAAAGAAUGCCAUGCUCUCAACGGACAAGACUCAGAGGCCAAAGCAAUGAUUAGAGAGAUUGCUGAAGAGUCUACUGUCACCAAGGAGAUGCAGGAAGUCCAAGGAGCAGAGAAGUUGUCCGAAGAUCAAGAGGUCGAGGAUCAAGAUCAAGAAGAGGAAGACGAAGACGAAGUCGUGUCUGCUCCUGCCACAUCUACCAGAAGCAAAGUCAGACAACGCAAGAAGUAA